GAAAAGAAGAGAAGAAAAAAAAAGUACUUGGCUUACUUACACAAAGCGCCAAUGGCCAUGUUGGACGUUGACUUCAAGCUCAGCCUCUCUCUUCCCGGUACUCAAACCGGAGCCACCAAACGCUGCCGCCGCUUUCCGGAGGAAGACACCGUUGAUCUUCUUCAUCCCAAGGCACAGAUGGUGGGGUGGCCGCCGGUGAUGAGGGCAAACAGAAAGUGUGGCGUGAAGGUGGGUGUGGACGGAGCACCAUAUCUAAGAAAAGUGGAUCUUGAAGUGUAUGAGAGUUAUGAAGAGCUCUUCAAGGCAUUGGAGACCAUGUUUUGCUGCUCAACCAUUAUUUGUAAUGAGAAUAAGGUGAUGGAUAAUUAUAUGCCAACUUAUGAGGACAAAGACGGUGAUUGGAUGUUAGUUGGCGAUGUACCUUGGGAGAUGUUCGUUGAAUCAUGCAAGAGAAUAAGACUCAUGAUAAAGUAGACCCCUUAGCUUGGCUCACUAAGGU